CCUGCGCGAGCACUUGUCGUGACUUGAUCCUCGGAGAGCAAUUUAUGUUGCUAUUGCGCGUAAGGGAUACAGGUAGCGAACUUCUAAGGACGUUAAUAUUUUCCUGUUAAAGAUUAUUUGAAAGCAUGCCAAAUGUUUAUGGUUAGCAAAACAAUUAAAUUACUGAUUGCGAAGUUAUAUGCAUGAAACGCACAUUUGGCUAAGGGUAGAUUUACGUUGAUGACAAAUAGGAAUAUAUGAGUGUUUCAUAUACCGUCUGAUUUUGUCCAACGAUUCAAAUAUCUGCCGUUUAAAUAUUUAGCAUGUCUGUUUAACGCAUGCCUUGAUGAAACCGGUUAAGUGAGAAUCCUGUGACUUGACAUUGGAUCUGGAUGAAAUGUUCAGCUCCUAACCGGUGGGAGGCAGCACUUGGCAUCCUGGCGGCACAAGGAAACGCAGCCGGGGCAGGACGCUGAUGCACCAGCGCAGGAAAACGGGAAUAUUUCGCAGGACGGCGCGUGAACCCGUGAAUGGAAACAGUUCGGAAUGGCAGCGUCAAAUAGCGAAAGGAGGGCGUUCGCGCACAAAAUCAAUAGGACAGUGGCGGCGGAGGUGAGAAAGCAGGUCUCCAGAGACUAUGGAUCUCCCCUGCUGUCCAAGAAGCGAGCAGGAGCCCAUCAGCCUGUUCCUCUGACGGAGGCGGUGGAGCCCGUUGAUUUUGAGGAGUAUUUGAGUAGCCAUGCCCCCGGGGUGGAGCCUGGGCCCCUCAGGCAGUUGCUGGAGUUUCCCUCUGAUGACCUGCAGCUCCUCCCACAGGAGAGAGAGUGCACUACACUGGAACCGGCACAGCCUGAGGAGGACUCGCUGGACCCCAGGGUGAGGGACGCCUUGGCCGUGUACACCGAGCCCUGGCUCAUCAUUCAGAGGAAGUACCGGCUCUACAGUACCAGCCACACCCCUCACUCCUCUGAGCGACAGAGAGAGAGGCAGCGGGGGCUGGACAAGCAGACCUUUGAGCUGGACGAGACCGCAGCCGAUCGCCAUGACGACCAGGAGGAAGUGAAGCGGCGCUCGGUGUCUGUGGAGGACGCUCCUCGGGGCAGUUGGGCCUGCAGUAUCUUUGACCUGAAGAACUCGUCCCCGGACAGCCUGCUGCCCUCGGUGCUGGAGCGCACCGCCACCGAGGAGAUGGACCGCCGCAACGCCGAUGCUCGCCAGCAGGGGCGCCAUCCCGACCUGCUGGGACUCUUCCCUGCCCCUGAUGAGGAUGAAGCUGUAGAGCGCUGCUCCAUACCCGACGUGCCCAAAGAACAUUCUGGACAGAGGAUCCUGGUGAAGUGCCUGUCUCUGAAGUUUGAAAUAGAAAUUGAACCAAUUUUUGGAAUUAUGGCUCUUUAUGAUGUCAAGGAAAAGAAAAAGAUCUCAGAGAAUUUCUACUUUGACCUGAACUCCGACCAGAUGAAGGGCCUGCUCCGCCCGCACACGCCCCAGGUGGCCAUCUCCACCCUCGCCCGCUCCGCCAUCUUCUCCAUCACCUACCCGUCCGCUGACAUCUUCCUGGUCAUAAAGUUGGAGAAAGUACUUCAGCAGGGUGACAUUGCAGAAUGCUGUGAGCCCUACAUGGUCAUGAAAGACUCAGACUCUUCAAAGCACAGAGAGAGGCUGGAGAAGCUGCGUGUGCAGGCGGAGCAGUCGUGUUCGCGCCUGGGCCGGUUCCGCAUGCCCUUCGCCUGGACCGCCAUCCACCUGCUCAACAUCGUCAGCAGCGUGGGGGGGCUGGACCGCGCCGACUCCGACUCCGACUCCGAGCGGAAGGGAACCUGGAAUGAGAGAAAGAAGAAGGGAUUUGAGCGGAUGAGUGUGGGAGAGGACAUGUGCAACUUUACAUCCUUCCGCCCCGCCACCCUCACUGUCACCAAUUUCUUCAAACAGGAGGGAGACCGGCUAAGUGAUGAAGAUCUCUAUAAGUUCCUGGCUGACAUGCGCAGACCUUCAUCUGUCCUGCGCAGACUAAGGCCCGUUACAGCUCAGCUGAAGAUUGAUAUUUCUCCAGCCCCUGAAUCUCCUCAUUACUGCCUGUCCCCUGAGCUGCUCCAUGUCAAGCCGUACCCUGACCUUCGAGUGCGCCCCACCAAGGAGGUCCUGGAGUUCCCUGCUCGCUACGUCUACACCCCCCACACCACCUACAGGAACCUGCUGUACGUGUACCCUCAGAGUCUGAACUUCAGCAGUCGACAGGGCUCAGUCAGAAACAUCGCUGUCAAGGUGCAGUUCAUGGCAGGAGAGGAUCCCAGCCAGGCCCUGCCUGUCAUCUUUGGGAAGUCCAGCUGUGCAGAGUUUCAGAAGGAGGCCUACACCCCAGUCAUUUACCAUGACAAGUCUCCGGAGUUCUAUGACGAGAUGAAAAUGAAGAUUCCUGCAGACCUGACGGAUAACCACCACCUGCUCUUCACCUUCUACCACAUCAGCUGCCAGCCCAAGCAGAACACCCCUCUGGAGACCCCCGUGGGCUACACCUGGAUCCCGUUAAUGCAACAUGGCCGCCUGCGGACGGGCUCCUUCAGCCUGCCCGUGUCUGUGGAGAAGCCCCCGCCCAGCUACUCCGUCCUCACCCCGGAUGUAAGCCCUGCAACCCCCAUCAUACCCCUCUCCACCCCAAAUAGGUUAAUUGUGGUGCCUGUGUCGUCGAUGAAGCGGUCAGUGAAUGCUGACUGCCCUGUGGGCCUGCAGGACCCUCACCUGGAUAAGUUCUUCACGCUGGUGGACGUGCUGGAGGAGUACUCCUUCCCCUUCCGGCUGAAGGACGUCAUCAUCACCGAGGGCAACGUGGAGGCGGAGCUGAAGGCCAGCAUGGCGCAGCUGCGGGCCGCCCUGCUGGACACCUGCGUGCGCUUCCUGCACCAGCUGCUCGGGAAGCUCAUCCUGCUCAUCGUCCACCCGCCCGUCAUCGCCGGGCAGAUCGUGAAUCUGGGCCGAGCUGCGUUUGAGGCCAUGGCGCUGUUAGCCAAUCAGAUCCAGAAGAACUUGGAGGGCAGUCAGGACCACCACGGCCGAAACAACCUGCUGCUGUCCUACAUCCACUACUGCUUCCACCUGCCCAGCGGCGACCCCCCCGCCCCGCCCGGCGGUCUCGCCCCGCCCUACGAGCUGCCCAUCCAGUACGCCACGUUGUCCCGGGCAACGGCGCGGCCCAGCAGCCUGCACCUGUCCCGCUCCAAGAGCAUCAGCAACUCCAACCCCGACCUGGCGACCACGCCCAACUCGCCUGACGAGGAGGUGCAGAGGAUCAUCGGGAGCAAGGGGAUUGACCGCUCGCACUCCUGGGUGAACUCUGCUUACGCCCCUGGGGGCUCCAGGGCCGUCCUACGCAGGAACCCCCACUCCAGCAGUGAGCUCAAGCAGGCAUGUGAGCACAGCUCCAAUCGCAUGUCUGCUUUCCUGGAGAACACCUUCUUCUGCCCCGCCCCAGCCAGGCACAUCGCCAAAAAGCUGCUCCACGAGGAGCUGGCUCUGCAGUGGGUGGUGAGCACCAGCACAGUGAGAGAGGCAGCGCUGCAGCAGUCCUGGUUCUUCUUCCACCUCAUGGUGAAGAGCAUGUCCCAUCACCUGUUCCUGGCCUCUCGUCUGGACGUCCCGAGACGGCAGCGCUUCCCCGAUCGUUUCGUGGACGACAUAGCCGCUCUGGUGUGCGCCAUCAGCGCCGACAUCUCCAGCAGAUACCACAAGGACGUGGAGCUGGUUGAGAGGUUGAACAGCAGUCUUGCUUUUUUCCUUAAUGACCUUCUGUCACUCAUGGACAGAGGUUUUGUGUUCAACCUCAUUCGCACCUACUAUAAACAGAUCUCCAGUAAGCUGCACUCCACCCCGAACCCCAGCGCCCUGAAUGCGCUCAGGAUGGACUUCAUCCGCAUCAUCUGCUGCCAUGAGCACUACGUCUGCCUCAACCUGCCCUGCUCCACCCUCAGCCCCCCCGCCUCGCCCUCCCCCUCCACCUCCUCCACAACCUCACAGAGCUCUGCGUUCUCCAGUCAUGUGCAGGACCAGGGCGUGGCCAGCAUGUUUGAGCUCUCCCUGCCCUUCAGACAGCAGCACUUCCUCUCCGCCCUGCUGCUCACUGAGCUCUCCCUGAUCCUGGAGCCUGAGGGAGAGGGGGUGUUCUUCCUCCACAAGAAGGCGAUCAGUGCGCUCCACACGGUCCUCUGCAGUCACGAUGCAGAUCCGCGCUACACCGACCCUCAGGUGCGCCCCUACAUCGCCCGGCUCUACCUGCCCCUCCUCCCCAUCGUCAUGGAGACGCUGUCCCAGCUGCACGACUUCACGGAGACGUGCCCGACUCGGGGGAGACACGCCUCUGCCGCUGCCUCUGAUGACAUCGACUCGGACGGCAGUACCAUCAGCCAGUCUGUUGCCAUGGCAAUAGCAGGCUCCCCACUUCCACACUCCAAGGCCAACCCCUUUGCCCUCCCGGCUGUGGCUGGGCGCCCGGGCUCCUCCCUCUCUGCAGAGUGCAGCAGGACUCUGCUGGCCUGCUUUCUGUGGGUGCUGAAGAAUGCUGACUCAGACUUGCUGGAGGGCUGGAUCUCUGACCUGUCUGUGCUGCAGAUCAACCGUCUGCUAGACCUGCUGCACCUGUGCGUGUCCUGCUUCGAGUACAAGGGGAAGAAGACUCUGGAGAGGAUCAACAGCCUGACCUUCAAAAAGUCCCAGGACAUGAAGGCCCGUCUGGAGGAGGCCAUACUGGGCACCAUCGGGGCGAGACAGGAGAUGGUGCGGAGAUGCCGAGAGAGGAGUCCGUAUGGCGGUCAGGAGAACGUGCGAUGGAGGAAAAACGUCACUCACUGGAGACAGACCACAGACCGAGUCGACAAAACAAAAGCAGAGGUGGAGCAGGAGUCUGUGGUGGACGGAAAUCUGUCCACUGAGGCCUCCCUGGUGGUGCUGGACACGCUGGAGAUCAUUGUGAAGACGGUGAUGAUGUCGGAGCUGAAGGAGAGUGUUCUUGGCGGGGUGCUGCGGGUUCUGCUCCACAGCAUGGCGGGGAAUCAGAGCGCACACUUCCUGCAGCACUGCUUCACCACCCAGAGAGCGCUCGUCUUCAAGUUCCCUGAGAUGCUGUUUGAGGAGGACACGGAACUGUGUGCAGACCAGUGUGUGUGUGUGUGUGUGUGUGUGCGUCACACACACACACACAGAGCGUGUGAUCGAUGGCCUUCCCUCCUGCAGAACUUUGCGCGGGUGAAGAUGCAGGUGACCAUGUCGCUGUCCUCCCUGGUGGGGAUGUCUCAGAACUUCAACGAGGAGCACCUUCGCCGCUCCCUGAAGACCAUCCUCACCUACGCUGAGGAAGACCUGGAGCUGAGAGACACGCCCUUCCCAGAGCAGGUCCAGGAUCUGGUGUUCAACCUGCACAUGAUUCUGACUGACACGGUGAAGAUGAAGGAGUACCAGCAGGAUCCAGAAAUGCUCAUUGACUUAAUGUACAGGAUCGCUAAGGGUUACCAGACGUCCCCGGACCUGCGUCUGACGUGGCUGCAGAACAUGGCGGGGAAGCACUCGGAGAGGGGCAACCACGCCGAGGCCGCCCAGUGCCUGGUGCACAGCGCCGCCCUGGUGGCGGAGUUCCUGAACAUGCUGGAGGACUGCCGCUACCUCCCCAUCGGAUGCGUCUCCUUCCAGAACAUCUCCUCUAACGUGCUGGAGGAGUCGGCGGUGUCUGAUGACAUCCUGUCCCCGGAGGAGGAGGGCAUCUGCACGGGGAAGUACUUCACCGAGUCCGGCCUGGUGGGGCUGCUGGAGCAGGCGGCUGCCUCCUUCAGCAUGGCGGUGAUGUACGAGGCCAUUAAUGAGGUGUACAAGAUCCUGCUGCCGAUCCACGAGGCCAGCAGGGACUUCAAGAAGCUGGCCAUCGUCCACGGCCGGCUGCAGGACGCCUUCAACAAGGUCUGCAACCAGAGUUCUGGAUGGGAGAGGAUGUUUGGGACCUACUUCCGAGUUGGUUUCUAUGGUAGCCGAUUCGGGGACCUGGACGAGCAGGAGUUUGUGUACAAGGAGCCGUCCAUCACAAAGCUGGCAGAGAUCUCCCAUCGGCUGGAGGAGUUUUAUAUGGAGCGGUUUGGAGAUGAUUCUGUGGAGAUCAUUAAGGACUCAAACCCGGUGGACAAAACCAAAAUGGAUCCUAAUAAGGCGUAUCUCCAGAUCACCUACGUGGAGCCGUUCUUUGACACCUAUGAGCUGAAGGAGCGCAUCACCUACUUCGACAAGAACUACAACCUGCGCACCUUCAUGUACUGCACCCCCUUCACCCUGGACGGCCGCGCCCACGGGGACCUGCACCAGCAGUACAAGCGCAAAAGCAUCCUCACCACCUCCCACGCCUUCCCCUACAUCAAGACCCGCAUCAACGUCAUCCACAAAGAGGAGGUGAUCCUGGUGCCCAUAGAGGUGGCGAUUGAGGACAUGCAGAAGAAGACUCAGGAGCUGGCCUUCGCCACCCACCAGGACCCCUCUGACGCCAAGAUGCUGCAGAUGGUCCUGCAGGGCUGUGUGGGAACCACAGUCAAUCAGGGUCCUCUCGAGGUGGCCCAGGUCUUUCUGGCGGACAUUCCGGACGACCCGAAGCUCUUCCGCCACCACAACAAACUCCGCCUCUCCUUCAAGGACUUCAGCAAACGGUGUGAAGAUGCACUCCGAAAGAACAGGAGUCUUAUUGGUCCAGAUCAGAAGGAGUAUCAUCGAGAGCUGGAGAGGAACUAUGCCAAACUGAGGGAGUCUCUGUUUCCACUGCUCAACCGCAAGAUCCCUCAGCUCUACAAGCCCCUGACCCUCCAGCCCCCGCCCUCGCAACGAAACUCCUUCAGCCGAUCCAGUCUUCGCAAAGUGGACUGCUGAAGACACUGAACCACUUUGAGAACUUUAUAACCAUUCCACCAAAACCAUUCCCCUCCUUUUUAUCCACCCGUGUUCUCCUUUUCUCCUCCUCUCUCUACCUCCUACCCAGUCUCUGUCUUCAUCUUUUUCUCUGUAUUUCUCCCUCAUUCAUUUUCUCUUUCCUCAUCUCUGUUUCUGACAGUGCUCCAAAUGUAAUCUUUUUUUAGCUUUUCUCUUUUGUCCGAGUAAACACACUCCCCGAAACCUCAGGCUUAUUGGCCAUCGCAUAAAAUUUUGCAGAUCUCUUUUUUUUUUCUCCGUCAGUCUUGAGAAAUUAAAGCUGUGCCUUCUGGGGCAGUCUGCACUGAGGGAAGAGGUCAGUUACGCAAUUUGAAUACAGUCCCAGUCGCUGUCCCUGCACCUGACACACUCAACACCAUCACUGAACCCCACAGACUCAACACUAUCGCUUAACACCACACAAUCAGCCCUGUAGGGGAGAGGUAUGGACAUUUAUUAGACGCUCGGCAGGCCCAGUCCACUUUCAGAGUCCUGUUCAUGUAAUUCUGCAAACAACAAAUGCCAAACGUAAACGUCUCUUCAUUUCUUUCUAAUAUGAAUUAGUAUGAGGACUGCUCUGUGUAUGUGGGUUGAUUACUCUGUAUGCAGUUAACCAGGCCUGAGUUCUGACUGCUCUGUGCUUGAUUAUCAGGACUGGUUCCUCUGUGUUUAUGAGUAAUGACUGCUCUGUGUGUGUGUGCGAUUACCAGGGCUGGUUGCUCUGUCCUGUCUGAAGCUUUUAGCUGCUCUGACUAUUGAACCAUGUAUAGCAGCAGUGUCCAGUAGCUUGUCUGUGUGAGCCAGUUUUAAAUGCUGUUAAAGUUUAAAAAAAGAAAAAAGAAAAAGAAAAAUGCUGAGUUGUAGCCUUGCAGCACAUGUUUGCAAUUAUGUGUGUGCGUGGGGGGGUAAGGAUGUGUUUGCAUAUAUAUGUAUGAUUGCGUGUGUGUGUGGGGGGGGGUUUGCGUGCGUGUGUGUGUGUGCGCAUGUGCGUGUGUGUGCGUGUGUGCGUGUGUGCGCGCAUGUGCGUGUGUGUGUGCGCGCAUGUGUGUGAGCGUGCGUGUGUUCGCUUGAAUGUGUAAAUGUGAAGUGAGCAUUUAUUCUAUAUUUCUGCACUCCUGUCUUAUGAAAAGAGUAACAGAACUACUGCUGUCUAACUACUGUACUGUAACACUGUACCCUAACCACCUGUGUAACGUCUCUUAACCACUGUGUUUCAGACAAAAAUAUUUAUGAUGUAUUUUUUACUGCUUUGUAUUAAAGGUAUUUUUCAGUCCCAGAUGGGAUUCUGACUGUAA